AUGAGGAGCAGGAGGAUCAGUGAGGAGAGCAGGAGGAUCAUGAGGAUCAGUGAGGAGCAGGAGGAGCAGGAGGAGCAGGAGGAUCAUGAGGAGCAGGAGGAUCAGGAGGGCAGAGGACAGGAGGAGCAGGAGGAUCAGGAGGAAGCAGUGAGGAGCAGGAGGAGCAGGAGGAUCAGUGAGGAGCAGGAGGAUCAGGAGGAGCAGGAGGACAGGAGGAGCAGGAGGAUCAGUGAGGAGCAGGAGGAUCAGGAGGAGCAGGAGGAUCAGUGA